AUGCAGGCCGAAAACUUUCACGCCCGUCCGCACAGCAAGCCCAGCUUUCAGCGUCUGGGCCCGGCCUCGGUCCAUGAGCACAUCUGCUCCAUCCUGGCCUCCCUCCUCCGAAACCUGCGGGCUCAGCAGAGGACAAGGCUGCUCAACAAGUUCACGGAGAACGACAGCGAGAAGGUGGACCGGCUGAUGGAGCUCUAUUUCAAAUACCUGGAUGCCAUGCAGGUGGCCGAUAAGAAGAUCGAAGGGGAAAAGCAUGACAUGGUGCGCCGUGGGGAGAUCAUUGAUGACGACACGGAAGAGGAGUUCUACCUCCGGCGCCUGGACGCCGGCCUCUUCGUGCUGCAGCUCAUCUGCUACAUCAUGGCCGAGAUCAGCAACGCCAGCAUCCCCCAGAUCCGCCAGAGGGUGCAUCAAAUCCUGAACAUGCGCGGAAGCUCCAUCAAGAUCGUCCGGCACAUCAUCAAAG